AUGGAUAAUAUACCUUUGGAUGGGGAAAUUUGGAAUGCUCUCAAAUCAAUGAAGCCUUACAAAGCUCCAAGUGUUGACGGGCUUCAUGCUGGUUUUUUCCAGAGGUUCUGCUUAGUGGUAGGGGGUUCGGUUAAAAGGGAAAUCAAAGAGGUGUUUAUGAAGCAUAAAGUACCUGAGUACCUUAAUCAGACCCUAAUUGCUCUAAUCCCUAAACAACCUGGUCCUGAGAUUGUCAGCCAGUAUAGACCCAUAAGCCUUUGCAACACGAUUUACAAGGUUAUUUCGAAGAUUAUUGUUUUGAGGAUUCGUCAUCUGCUACCUUCUUUGAUUUCCCCAAUGCAAACAACAUUUAUUAAAGGAAGAAGGGGUACAGAUAAUGUCAUAAUUGCCCAAGAAUUAAUUUACUCUCUUAGGAAGAGGAAGGGCAGGACAAGGUUCGUGGUUGUGAAAAUUGAUCUUGAAAAGGCCUAUGACCGCCUAGAGUGGUCGUUUAUCAAAAUGGUGCUUGAGCAUUUUGGGUUUUCGGAGAAAAUGAUAAGGUUGAUAAUGAGCUGCGUGUCUACCACUACCAUAGCUCUAUUGUUCAAUGGAAGCAAGCUAGAGUCUUUUCAACCAUCAAGAGGAAUAAGGCAGGGAGACCCUAUCUCUCCCUAUCUAUUUCUGUUGUGUAUGGAAUUUCUUGGAGCCCAAAUCACUAGUAUGUGUGAGGAUAGAAGGUGGGAUAAAGUGAGGGCUUCUAGAAGUGGUCCGAGCUUUUCUCAUGUAUUUUUCGCUGAUGACUUGAUGCUGUUUGCUAAGGCAGACUACAAAAACUGUGAAGCUAUCAUUGAAGUUCUUGACAAUUUCUGCAACCUUGCUGGGCAGAAAGUUAAUACUACCAAAUCAAAGAUCCUUUUUUCUUCUAAUGUAACUAGAAGAAGGGUGAGAGGCAUUUGUAGGAGAUUGGGCAUUGCUGCAACCACCAACUUAGAAUAUUAUAUGCAAUGCCAAUCGUUGCCUGUUAAAGUUUGCGAUCAAAUUGGCAAACUAAUAAGAGACUUUCUAUGGGGUUCAACUGAAGAAAAAAGGAGGUUGCAUCUGGAUAGGUGGGAGACUGUGACACUUCCCAAAAAGCUUGGGGACUUGGGGUUGCAUAAUAUGAGGGAUAGAAAUAGUGCAUUAUUAGCUAAGCUUUGCUGGAGAUUAGCUUGUGAACAGGAAGCUCCUUGGGCAAAGAUGCUUGUGGCUAAAUACCUCUCACCCAGCAGAUUGUCUGAAGAAGGUAAUAAACAACCAUGCUCUUCUAUUUGGGCAGCUUGUAAGAAGGGAGGCCCAGUCUAUGUCAAGGGGCUAAAAUGGUCAGUGAGAAAUGGGGAGAAAGUAAAGGUUUGGAAUGAUUUUUGUCUUCCUUUGGGUCCUUUGAAAACUCUAAUUGAAGGGCCUUUAAACCAGGAUGAAAAUCUCAUUACUAUGAAGCAAUGUUUUGAUCAAAAUCAUGAAUGGCAAGCUCAAUGCCUUUCCUUUGAUCUGCCUGAACAUAUUCUCAGUGUCACCAAAGCUACUCCGCUGUCAUGUAGUCCGAAAGUAGAGGAUUCACUUCAAUGGGCCUUUUCCAAAAAUGGUUUUUUCUCUUUGAAAUCUGCUUACUUAUUGGCAAAAGGUUUAAACCCUUUGAACCUUGAUACUAUUACGGUAGAUUGGGUGUGGAAAGCUGAAACUUAUCCUAAGAUUCAAUUUUUUCUAUGGCUUUGUCUUCACAAUAGCAUGCCCACCAGGGAAGUUUUGGGUUCAAGGGGUUUAAGUCUUGAUCCCAUAUGUAACUUAUGUCAUCAAAGCAUGGAAACAAUUGAUCAUCUCUUAAGGGGCUGUUGGUUUGCUCGAGAUUUUUGGCUGCAAAUUCAGUUCCCAAUUUGCAUUAGGGAAACUUUCAAUUUACCAGUUGGUAAAUGGCUUGAAGUCAACUGUAAGGCAGAUAUCAAAUGCUAUAGAAAGGGCAUUCCUUGGAAGAUUUUGUUUCCCAUGGGAGUGUGGCAGCUUUGGUUGCAUAGAAACAACUUUAUUUUCAAAACUGGCAAGGUGAACUGGUCAUGUUUCAGGAGGAGUAUUAAGGAUAGUGCUGAGUUCUUCUCUGUUGGGUUGAAUGCUAAGCUGCCUAAAGCCAAAACUGUUGUUGCCGUGGGCAGCCUUGGACGUGUAGAUGGGGGCGGUGUGAUCAGGGACCAUGAUGGGAAAUGGUUGAAAGGCUAUGCUCGGCCACUUGGUAGCACCAACAAUUGUAUGGCUGAACUGUGGGCUCUUAGGGAUGGUCUUUUAUUAGCUAAGGAAAUGGAGCUGAAUAACCUCAUUAUUGAGUUGAAUGCUUUAAGUGUUGUUUUACUCUUGAACGAUAAUACCACCAACUUGAUUUUGGAACCAUUGCUAAAUGAUUGCAAGAACCUGGUGAGGGAGAUGCCCAACAUGCAGAUAAAGCACAUCUUUAGGGAGGCCAACCAAUGUGCUGAUGCAAUGGCCAAACUAGACCCACAUACUACUGUGCCCAACUUCGGCCUUGUAAACCAGGAGAGUUUGGACAAGAUUUUGAAGGCCGAGGUCUUUGUCCACUCUGAUGGCCAACUUAGGGCAGCCCACUUGAUAUUGGGUGACACACCAAUAUCCAAGAGUUUCCAAGCGCCUAAGUGCAUUUUUAGAGUAAAGGAUCCCCGGUUGCACUGGAUUAGCGUCACUGCUCCAGGCUUCCUCGUCACCGAACCAGUACCAGAAGGCACUCUUGCCACCAUACCUAUCCCAGAAGGAAUACCAAGGGUAGCCCCACCCUUACAACGCACUAUCGAGGAGGCCACUUCAUCACAGCCAACUAUUAAGGAAGAGGAAGAAGAUAGAGGGGUGGUGGAAUUGACUGAUUUUAAAGACGAGUUUGCUGUUUUCGACCAGCCACUAUCUCCAGACUCCUUGGUUCAAGCAAAUAACUUUCGAGGAGACAUCAUUGUUCCUGAAGAGAUGGGAAUCCAGCGUAAGCAGAAAUCAACCCUUUAG